GUGGUAGCACAUCUGCCUUACUGUCAGAAGAUGCGGGUUUGAAUCCGUAUUGGAACAUCUCAGUUUGCAUGCUGUCUCUGCGUUUCAGUGGGUUUUCUUCAGGUACUUCCUCCCGCAUCCCAAAUGUAACUGUAGACCCUGAAAUUGUACAAAGGUUUGGCUAUAUGUUCCUGAAAUCAGCAUGCAUGGAUAUUUAUUAUUAUAUUGUGCACUCCAUGUCUUGACUUGAGCAAUAUAGCUAGUGUGGCUCAGCUAAAUUUGUGUACUGUAAUCUUGUGUACUUGUAAUCUUUACUGUUGUAAUAUCUAAAAUUAGAAACAGGUGUAUUAACGUUAAGACGGCAGCCACUAGGUGGCACUGUGCAAGCUUGUAAUUACUGUGCCGUUAUUGAGCCAUUCAAAUAAGUGUGAAUGGUCAUUAGCUUGCACAGCACUGAUACCAUAAUCCAUAACACCACAAAAUAUGGUUGUUGUCAUUUAAUGAACAUUAUAAUUAUGAGGCAAUAGGCAUAUCUGUAAUAUAUUUUAUCUGUGAGUUGACUGACAGGCAUCGAAAUGUGGGAGACUAACCUCAUCUCCGGCGGAUUUACCUGAAGCACACCUGAGCAACCCCAUCACUCAUGGCGGCGACGACUCGAUUACUCCAUUGAGCCAUUCGGGAAUGGAUUGAAGCCGGUCCUAAAAUAAAUUAAAUUGUACGGUUCAGCAGUGCGUACACGUUUCAGGGAGACAUUGUGAACUUUUGAAGUGACGACCAAAAGCAGUCCAGAGUUGCUCAUGAAUGCGAAGGAGGAGGAGGGGCUAGCUAGCUAACUAGAGAUGUUGGCUAGCAGCUGCCGCUCACUUGAAGACGCCAGCUUCUCAUGUGCGACCUCCUGUUUGAUGACACGCCGAUAAGACCUCUGCAACCACACCCCCUACAGCUGGACAUUCCCACUCUCCCUUCAGAAUGGUCGUUGAGGCGGACGCGGCGUCCCAAGGCGGUGGUGUGCGCUUGAAGCAGGAGAUCUCCCUCUUGCACGGGGUCUGCCUCAUCGUGGGCAACAUGAUCGGCUCUGGCAUCUUCGUCUCACCAAAGGGGGUCCUCAUGUACACGGGCUCCUUUGGCUUGUCCCUGGUCAUCUGGGCCGUCGGAGGCGUGUUCUCUGUGUUCGGAGCCCUGUGCUACGCCGAGCUGGGCACCACCAUUCGGAAAUCCGGGGCCUCUUACGCGUACAUCCUGGAAGCCUUCGGAGGCUUUUUGGCAUUCAUUCGACUGUGGACGUCUCUGCUAAUUGUGGAACCAGCUUGUCAGGCGGUUAUUGCCUUGACUUUUGCCAGCUACCUGGUUCAGCCUUUCUACACCACCUGUACUGCCCCUUAUUAUGCUGUACGCCUCAUUGCUGUGGCCAUCAUAUGCUUGCUGACAUGUGUGAACUGUAUGAAGGUGAAGUGGGGAGCCAUUCUGCAGGUCAUCUCCACCGUGGCCAAAGUUCUGGCUCUUAUUGUCAUCAUCAUCACCGGCCUAGUAAAGCUGGCAAAAGAUGAUCGAAACUUUGAGGAGUCGUUCAAAGACUCCAAGCUGAAUCCAGGCGACAUGGCUCUGGCUCUUUACUCGGCACUGUACUCCUACUCUGGCUGGGACACGCUCAACUUCAUCACAGAGGAGAUCAAGAACCCAGAGAGGAAUCUGCCUCUGUCCAUCGCUAUUUCCAUGCCCCUCGUCACCGUCAUCUACAUCUUGACCAACAUUGCCUACUACAGCAUCAUGGAUGCCGACAUGGUGCUCAGCAGUGAAGCUGUUGCCGUGACUUUUGCAGACAGGGCUCUGGGCUGGGCCCGCUGGCUGAUCCCGCUGUCUGUGGCUAUUUCCUGCUACGGCGGUCUCAACUCCUCCAUCAUCUCUGCCUCCAGUGUUUUCUUCUCCCGCAGGUUGUUCUUUGUUGGUUCCAGAGAAGGCCACCUCCCCAGCGUCCUGUCCAUGAUCCACAUUCAGCGCUUCACUCCCAUUCCUGCCCUGCUUUUCAAUGGUGCCAUGUCCCUGGUGUACUUGACCGUGCCGGAUGUGUUCCGCUUGAUCAACUACUUCAGCUUUAACUACUGGCUCUUCAUCGGCCUGUCCAUCGUCAGCCAGAUCUACCUCCGCUUCAAGGCCCCCAACUUGCACCGCCCCGUAAAGAUGUCCUUGUUCUUCCCAUUCGUCUACUGCAUGUGCAGCAUCUUCCUAGUGGUGGUGCCACUCUACAGUGACACCAUCAACUCCCUGGUGGGGAUCGCCGUGGCGCUGUCCGGCAUGCCCGUCUACUUUGUCUGCAUCCACCUGCCACGCAGCUCCAGGCCAGCCUUCCUCUGCAAAAUGCUCAACGUCCUUUCGUCUUUCACCCAGAAACUAUGCUACUGCUGCGUUACCUCGCCUGACAUCGACCUGGACAACGUCAACCCCGACAAGAUGGAGUGAUGGCCGGGGGGGAAGGGAAGGGAUGACGACAACUGUGAGCUGGAGACAAUCAAUUUGAUUUUUACUUUUUUUUUUCUUUUUUUCUUUUUUUUUUUUUUUUUGAAGGAGGAAGAAGAAGCUGUUGCAGGCAUAAAUACACGCCACCCGCAGUCUGACUAGACACCAGUAAAGACGUCCGGUAGCCGCCGUCUUUUAAAAGAGAUGCUAGAAUCCAUGAAUCUAGACAAAAGUGUGCUGUUGACCAAGUUUGCACAUUCUACAUGUUCUGUUUUUACAACAUAUUUUAUUUUUGUUUGUUUUUUUUACCUGUGCACUACUUCAGCACCCUCUUUGUUUUUGUUUUUGUUUUUUCCACCAUGCAGUGCAUGCAGGGUCCUGGUGCCUCCUAGUGGUAGCAAAAAAUAUAUCUUGCACCUAUCAGUGCACCUCGCUGGGCAACAGGAGGCUGCUCCCUCCGCUCGAUAUUCUGGUUCUCCUGAGAAUAGUUUGUUCCAGUCCUUCCUACCUCCAGGUGUGCACAAAAUAGUUAAAUCUAAAUGUAAAAAGUAGAUAUUAAAGCAUUUAUUGGUUAUUGGUAUAUCGGUCUUGAGAAGCAGGAAGUUAUCUGUAUCUGUUUGAAAGAAAAAGAUAUUGCGCAUCUCUAAUAUUUACAGAUUGUUAUAUAUUGCUUUUAUGUCAUGUUGCCUUCAGAAUAUUCCGCCGGGGCCUUUUUUUUGUCUUUUUCUGUCACCACAUUGCACAUGCUAAGGUCUUAUAGUUCUCUUAAUCGUGUGCCAUCAGGGGGCGCGAGCCGAGUCAGCCUUCUGUGUUUGCCUCGUAGCACCGCCUUCGUGUUCCCCACGUGCCUUUCGUGAGAGUUUCUUGCCAACGUCUGUGCAUGUAGUUGCCAAAUUAACCAUCCAGGUAUUGUGGUUUCACAUGUCACCCUGUAGGGUGACAUUUGUGUGUAUUUGCGUCACGUCCACGCCAGCCAACAAACAGAUCAUUUGCCAGUGCUCCCACUUGGGAAGAUUUGAAUCGAUCAUUAGCGGGAUUAUCUUAACUCUCUUUCUCGUUAGAGCUGUACUUUAAUCAAAACACUCAGCCUUCAAUGUUGUGGUUUGAUGUAUAUUUUUGUGCCUCAUUGGACCUCAAAUGUGUGUACUUUGAUGAAUGUUGAGGUGCUUGUUGUUUUUUUUUAUUUAUUUUAUUAAGAACAACCGUUUGAGAUAUUUUUUUUCUUACCCAGAGUGUGCUGUUGUUGUUUUAUAAAUCAAUGUUAAUAAAGGUGGUAGUUUUCCAUAA